AGCUGCUAAACUAUAUACAAUUUUAUUCCAUAUAGUGUGAUAUUUUGCGCUAUCCUUUUUCACAUCUGAUACGCAAGAGGUAUGUUUCGGAGCGAGGAGUAAAACUUGCUUCUUUCAGUGAGAGAAAAAAAAAUUAUAAACGUCGGGCGCUUCCGUUGGAAAUAUAUAGGUAAAUAUCCAUCAUAUCGAGUGUCUUGUUUAUAAUAAGAAAACUCAUCUACACAUGUGUUCUCAGUCGUCCGUCUUGUGUUUUCACAUUGCCCGGCGAUGAGGGAAACUCGAGUCAAACCUGUUCGCCCAAUAACACAUGGGCGACCUUAUUAGGCAAAUCGUUUCUCCGAUCUUCAGAAGAGCAAGCGAAUGCAAUGGCCGACAUCUUUCGCAUAAUUUAUUCGCCCUACCGAAGCUGUUUUCGACUCGGCUCGCAGUGUCUUUUCCCCCGAUUUGAUUAUGAUUAAGACCGUAAGACACUUUCGAACACAAAUUAUCAUUGCUUUUAAGAUGGCGCGUGGAAGAUAGCGACCACCACUGCCGGAAUAAGUGAUGUAGAUUGGGGAAAAGUGACCAAAGUGCUACCGAAAUUAACUCUAUUACCGAUAACGGCCAUGCUUUAAGAAGGAUCAUUCAAGUACAUGCGAUCGUAGAAGAUAGCUGUUGUGUAUUAUCGUCUCACAAUAUAUUCUCCAUGUGUAGUUAAGUGCGCUAAUUUUGUAAACCGGAAAAUUCAUUGGAUUUUUUAAAUUAUGAAUAAUGAUGCUGAUUGCGGAUUGAAAUAACUGUGUGAAUAUUUUCUUAUUUACGAUUUUACAAUUGACGGAUUAACUUUCUGAAUAAAAAAUAAAAUAAAUGUGAAAUUGGAUAUUACUAAGGUCACGUGAGUAUGUAUGAAUGAUAUAGGGGUACUUAGCUGGCUCUUUCGAAGAUGUCGAUAACUUUGGUCUGUUCGAGUGUAGGGUUAUAUUGGAGUUAGUGGUCCUACGACACAUGUUCCGUAGGUCCAAAUGACAACUGGCGGAGGGCGUUUCGAUUUUGAGGAUGGAGGGACAUACUGCGGGGGCUGGGAGGAAGGGAAGGCACACGGUCACGGAGUUUGCACAGGUCCCAAGGGGCAAGGGGAGUAUUCUGGCGCGUGGCAGUUUGGUUUCGAAAUUUCUGGUGUUUACACAUGGCCAAGUGGAAAUAAUUAUAAAGGGCAAUGGUUUCAAGGAAAACGUCAUGGACUCGGUGUAGAGACCAAAGGGCGGUGGAUUUAUAAAGGAGAGUGGACCCAAGGGUUCAAAGGUCGCUAUGGUGUCCGACAAAGUCUGACUUCCGGUGCUCGAUAUGAGGGUACAUGGACCACGGGGCUCCAAGAUGGUUACGGGUGCGAAACCUACGCAGAUGGAGAAGUCAAUCUCGGCUCUUCUGAACAGCAAUUCAACUUAGGGACUUAUCAAGGUCAAUGGCUACGGGGUAUGAGACAUGGCUAUGGUGUGAGACAAAGCGUUCCAUAUGGGCUUGCUUCCCAUUACCGCCCAAAGAUGCGUGCUUCGCUUACCUCCCUUCGCAGCGAAAACGAAGACGAACUCGUCGUUAAAAGCAGAGACAAGAAACUGGAUGAAAGUCGGGGUGGAUUUGUCUUAAAAGCCAAAAGUGACGAAACACCUCCAACUAGAAGGCGUUCGAUUUUAGAUAAACGUUCUAGUCUCAAAAAGUCGGUGUUCAGCAAGAUCAAAAUCAGGAAACAAAAAAGUACAGGGGACAUUAACGAUUCGUCACCCAAGCGACCCGGAACGGGGUCUGUUCGAAGUACAAUCAGUAGUCUAAGCCAUGCAAGUGUGGAUUCCACUCAAUCAGGGCUUACCAACGCCUCCAUGUACACAGAUAGCAAUCUCAGUUUUGUCAGUCAAGAUGACAUCACUGAUGUCAACGUCACAGAAUCCUAUAUGGGAGAGUGGAAAAAUGACAAGAGAUCUGGAUUUGGAGUGAGUCAAAGAUCUGAUGGAUUAAAAUACGAAGGCGAGUGGUUUAACAACAAAAAAUAUGGCUAUGGUGUGACUACGUUCAAAGAUGGCACCAGGGAGGAAGGGAAAUAUAAGAACAAUGUCUUAAUAUCUUCAGGAAAGAAACAUAAGUUAUUUCUAAUUCGGACCUCAAAACUGAAAGAACGAGUUGAAAAUGCAGUGGUAUCGGCGCAAAAAGGAGCACAAAUUGCCUUACAAAAAGCGGAUAUUGCACUUACAAGAAUGGCCAAUGCACGCGCCAAAGCGGAACAGGCAGAUCAAUCCGCCAUUAAAGCGGAACAAGAUUCGGAUCAUGCGCGGAUCAAAGCCAAAGAAUACGCCCCAGAAUUUCAUCAACCAGGCACAGAUAUAAUGAAGAAAAAAUUAUUAGAGCAAAAUGCUAAUGGCAACAGCGAUUUCGGUAAUGAUGAAUUUGAUUAUGGCCACGAAAAACUUGUACCAAAUCACAAUCCUCACAAUCGGUCAAGGUCAUUGAUGUUGAACAAAUCUGACUUGGAUGACCUUGACCGACCUCCUGGUUCAGCCCCAUACCCUGGUCUCUUUCCUAUGAACGAAGUGUCGCCUGACGGUAGUCCAAUCCGCAGUAUUAAUACAAUGGACAUGAACCACCUUAAUGUUGGUGGUUUAAAUAGUUCACCGGAAAAUAACGUUCCAAAUCAUUCGCCUCACGGUCGGAGUCCUUCCCUCAAAAUUAGGAGAUAUAGUUUCCUUGCAGGUUCAAGGCGUGGACGGGGGUUCAGUGAGAUUUUUAAUUCAACCAUUCUCAAUGAUCACUUCGACCAGUACACUGCUCAACAGAACGAGGGUAAUGAUCACGUGACACAAAAUCGUCUGCAAGGAAACCAUGUUAGUAAUUCACCAAGACAUUUAGAGGUUUCCAACAAAAUACAUGACAAUGAUAGCGAUAAACAUCUAGUUAGGCGAAGCACUAUGCCAAGUAUAGUCAAGGAGGACGACAUUUCCAAAUCUGGAUUAAAAGAUACAGCACACAGCAGUGAAAAUGUGAGAAACCCCGAAACUUUUAUCAUUGAAAAUGGAAUAAGAAAGCGAGUUACGGGUGUAAAUGCAGCACCAACUCCUUCGAAGUCGAAAGGUAACCUUCCAAAUGAAUUCCAUAUACAGAGCCAAAAUAGCUUGACUCGAUCUGGUGGUAAUCGUGGUAGUCUUCCAGACAUUGCAGCAAUGAAACAGAAGGAUAAAAUCAAACCAAUGUCAAGAGAAGAAGCCUUCAAGUUGAGUUCGAAAAGACGCGAGGAGUUACGAAAAUUACAAGAGCUUGCUGAACGCAGACGACAAGGGGAUGUAACCGUGAUUCUGGGAGAUCUAAGAGAUUUUGUCCAACAACGCCAGCUUUUGGUACUUGUUAUAGCACUUAAUCUAAGUCUUGCUGGAAUGUUUUUUAAUCUCCUGUCUUGAUGACACGGAAAUCACAAUAAGGUUUUCGAUACUUUGUAAGUGCUAAGCACAACGAUGUGCGGAUCGGGUUCGAUGUUCAAGAUAUAAAAUCUUGGCGAAGUAAUUUUUUCAACAGAGAUCAGACGAAGACGGCCAUAUUUAGCAAUGCAACAAGUGGUGCAGUGGUCGUACGUACUUAAGACUGUGUUCACCUGCUUUUCCGUAUAUUUGACAAGACCAUGUUGUUAUGACAAAAUGUUAAGACUGGUUUUUAUCCCAAAGUUGUGUCCUUUUUAUGUCGAUUGUUCAUAUCUUUCCCUUUUGUUGGUCAAUAGUUAUGAGACACAUUUAACGCCAUUAGCUGAAAUUAAUUUUUAAUCGAGAAACAAUAGAAUUGGCGUGUCCGGGAUGACAGUUUUUUGAUUUGCAGUUCUUGGAACACUGUGUGAGUUGUUCAUUCGUGAUAUUUUUGGAGAACCUGAGUGGUUCUCAUUAUGAAGGGUUUUCAUUGUAUCUGAUUUUAAUGAUCUCCAUUUCUUAACAGCCAAAGACUGACGUUUUCUAUUUAUAUCAGUAUACGAUUAAGCAUGACCAAGUCUUUAAACAUAAUUUUAGCAAACACUGUUGUAUAAUCUACAUAUACUUUAUCUAACGUUACGAGAUGCUUUUUACCUGAUAUUUAUUAAUUUUUUUGUCUAUGAAAAUUGUACAAAUCUUUCAUAUUCUCCCAAAAUUUUUAUUCAGGACUGUUAUCUGGAAUGCUAUCAUUUUCCCAUUAAUUAAUCACGGUUUUAAUUACCAUUGAAUCAUUAGGCAGUGUUAAUUGUGAGAAUGUGAUCAUCCCCUUUGUUCAUUCCAGAAACUUACAAAUACUGUUGUAUGAAUGGCUGCCUACCAUGGUUUUGUUAUCAACUUUUGCUGAACAUUUUGCUGUUGAGUGUGCUUUUUGAGGGUGUAUACUUUAUUAUUUUUUUUGACACCUAUCAGAUUAACAACAGGGUUAUUUAGUCAUUAAUUAUCAAACUGCUUUUGCAGGGUAAUUGAGUUCAUUAGUUAAGAUGCUGUUUUCCCCUACGUUUUGUUUUUGCUCUGUACAGUUGUUUUGUCUGUUCAUUAAGAAUAUUUAUAUGUAAUUAUUUAUUGUUAUUUAUUUUUUAUGUGAUGAAUGAUUGCAAUAUGUCAACAAGGUGCUAGAUAUAGGUCAAAUUAUUGAUUUAAGCAAGUACUGAUGGCUUCAGAUCUUUAACAUCACGUAAUUUAACUGGGUAUAAGUUUUUAACUGUUUCCCAAAAGACAUACGUUAAAUUUUCAUACCAAUUUGAAAGUACACUUGCACCUACAAGUUUGUCUACGUAUUCAUGUACUAUUUUUUGUGGUACUCCUUAUUUCAAGAAAAUGUGGAAUGCAAGUGAGUGGUUUUUUUUUAAGUUUUCAGUUUUCAUAUUUGAUUAUUGAAAUAAUUUUCUUAUAAUACUCCCCCAUUAAUUCAUUUUUCAGUUUUGUAAAGAAAAAUCAUUGGAAUUACAACAUCAAGUUCGAGAGAUCCUCUUUGUUUAUUUUGUUUUCAUGAUUUAUUUUUCUUUGAUUUCAUUUUUUUAAUAUGACUGAUUUUCAUUGACCAAAUGAGGAAUAUUAAUCUUUCUUAUCUUUAUGAAGACCAGAUAAUUUAAAAAUUAUUAACCAGUAAUAUAGGAUCCUGUCAAAUUUAACUUUUUUCCUCUCUAUUAUUUAUACUUUUAUUAACUUAAGUGUAAUGAACUUAGAGAAAGAGAAUGAAAUUUGUUGAUGCUUAUUGUAAUUAUGAUUUUUAUCCUUUGAAAGUUGUUAAAAGAACAAUGGUGAUAGAUUGUUGUGAAAUGUUUUCCUUCUUUGAUAUAGUAAUUCAUUUUGAAUCUGAAAACGAUAUUGCGCCACGAGUCACGUGGGAUGUAAUGAACACGUGAUUUGCGCGACCUGGUUGCGCUCGAUUGUGUUGGAUUUCCUCAAGGCAGCCAGUUUGUCUACAAACGAUUUCUCGUUUUACCCUAUAUAGGAGAAUUGAAGGAACAUCUAUUUUCUUGCUACCUUCCAUGAAAACCAGCCGAGUUGGUUAUAGUUAUUAGUAUCACAAUAAAAUGUCAGUUCCUUUUA